AUGGACGACAGUCUUCUGCGGGUGUUGACUGUGCCUACAUCCCCUUACUCUGACCAGAGACCCGGUCCCAACGGUCUUAGAAGAAAGGUCCGUGUCUUCCAGUCCAGGAGGAACUAUCUGCACAACUUCAUCCAGAGUAUCUUCUCCUCCAUUGACCUGCGUGACCGGCAGGGUUCCACAGUAGUGGUGGGGGGAGAUGGACGCUUCUUGAACCAAACAGCUAUCGAGGUCAUUGUGCAGAUGGCAGCUGCCAACGGGGUGGGCCGCGUCGUCGUCGGUCACCUCGGGUUAAUGUCCACGCCGGCCUGCUCCUGUGUGAUCAGGAAAUUCAAAGCCAUCGGCGGCAUCGUCCUCACUGCCGGUCGCGAGCCAGCAGGACCCGACGGAGACUUUGGCAUCAAGUUCAACACUGCAAAUGGAGGACCGGCCAGUGAUGCUGUCACAAACAAGAUCUACCAGAUCAGCAGAACCAUUGAAGAGUUUGCCAUCUGCCCUGGACUCAGACUGGAUCUGACAACUCUGGGCAAACAGACGUUUGAUCUGGAGAACAAGUUCAAACCUUUCACAGUGGAAAUUGUGGACGCUGUGGAGUCCUAUGCCAACUUGAUGAGGAACAUCUUUGACUUUGCUGCCCUGAAGGAGCUCCUGUCUGGCGAGAACCACAUCACGGUACGACUGGAUGCCAUGCAUGGAGUGGUCGGCCCCUACGUGAAGCGAAUACUGUGCGACGAGUUGGGCUGUCCCGCCAAUUCUGCCGUUAAUUGUCUUCCGAUGGAGGACUUUGGAGGUCAACAUCCCGACCCUAACCUCAUCUACGCCGCAGACCUGCUUGACAGCAUGAGGGACGGAGACUAUGACUUUGGCGCAGCAUUUGAUGGAGACGGGGUGCGUAACAUGAUCCUCGGGAAGCACGGCCUCUUUGUCACCCCGUCUGACUCUCUGGCCGUGAUUGCUGACAACAUCUUCUGCAUCCCGUACUUUCAGCACAGAGGGGUGAGGGGCUUCGCCCGCAGCAUCCCCACGAGUGCAGCCUUAGACAGAGUAGCCAAGGCAACCAAAAUAGAGCUAUAUGAAACUCCCACCGGGUGGAAGUUCUUUGGAAACUUAAUGGAUGCAGGACGACUGUCUUUAUGUGGAGAAGAAAGCUUUGGAACAAGUGGAGAGCAUAUUCGUGAGAAGGACGGGCUUUGGGCUGCGCUGGCGUGGCUCUCCAUCCUGGCCACAAGAAGGCAAAGUGUGCAAGAUAUACUUCAAUACCACUGGCUGAAAUAUGGAAGGAACUACUUCACCAGAUAUGACUACGAGAACAUAGAAAUUGACGCAGCCUGUGAAAUGAUGGAGGACCUGGAGAUCACGAUUGCAGACAAGUCCUUUGUGAGGCAGCGAUUUGCAGUGGAAGACAAAAUCUACCAAGUGGAAAAAGCAGACAAUUUUGAAUACACAGACCCGGUUGACAGCAGUAUCACCCGGAACCAGGGUCUGCGGAUAAUCUUCUCGGAUGGUUCUCGAAUCAUCUACAGACUCAGUGGCGCAAGUAGCGAAGGGGCCACAGUUCGAAUCUACCUGGAAAGCUUUGAGAAGGAACACAUUUUUCAAGAAACACAGGCGGUGCUGGCACCGUUGGCUACGAUCGCCGUGAAGAUUUCGCAGCUUCAUCGCAGGACUGGUCGAACUGGACCAUCAGUCAUCACGUGA